AGCCGAAGUUGCCUUCCCCUGAGCUUGUCGGAGAACAGCUUGAAGCCAGCUUGCCAGCAAGCAUGUGGUUCUACCUGGCAUUGGCAAUUUUGCUGUACUUUGUGAUACGAUCCUAUCGGGAAAAACAACAGGUAGACAACCUGAGAGAAAAACAUGUAUUCAUCACUGGCUGUGAUUCUGGUUUUGGAAACCAGCUGGCCAGACAACUGGAUGCCCAGGGUCUGCGCGUGUUGGCUGCCUGUCUCACCCAGAAGGGAGCACAGCAACUGGAGAGACUCACAUCGGACCGGUUGAAAACCACCCUGCUGGACGUCACCAGUAGCGAGAGCAUUGAGGCAGCAACUGCAUGGGUGAAAGAAUGUGUGGGGAAUAAAGGACUUUGGGGCUUGGUAAAUAAUGCUGGAAUUGUGCACCCUAUAUCCCCCAAUGAAUGGCUGACCAAAGAGGAUUAUAUGAAAGUGCUGAACGUCAAUCUAAUUGGGCUAAUUGAUGUGACACUGCAUAUGUUGCCCUUGGUGAAGAAGGCCAGGGGAAGAGUGGUUAACAUGUCCAGCAUCGUGGGUCGACUUAGUACCAUGGGAGGUGGUUAUUGUAUCUCAAAGUAUGGAGUGGAGGCUUUCUCUGACUGUCUCAGGCGUGAGAUCCACUCAUUUGGGGUGAAAGUAGCCAUAAUCGAGCCAGGCUAUUUCCGCACAUCCAUGACUGAUAUCCAAAAAACUCUUGAGUGCCUGGAGCAACAAUGGAUCAAAGCCCCAGAGGAAAUCAAAGAAAGUUAUGGCCAGCCUUACUUUGAUGCAUUUUGUGAGACGAUCAAAGUCCAACUGGCAACUCGUUGCUGCACAGAUCUCUACAAGGUGACUGACUGUAUGGAGCAUGCUUUGAUAUCGAAAUACCCCUAUACACGCUAUUCUGCUGGCUGGGAUUCCCGGUGGAUCUUUGUUCCUCUCUCUUAUUUGCCCACUUCCGUCGUAGAUUUUGUGCUGACUCGAUCUUAUCCUAAACCCGCUCAGGCUCUGUAAAAAGAAUGGGGUGGAAAAGUUGGGAGGAAGGAAGUCUAUUCCAACUGUCACAUUUGGCCAACACAUGCAGUUAAAAGUAUGCCAGUGUCAGUCUUUCACAAGACCUCCUUAUCUUCACCAUUUGCAGAUAUACAAUGUUUUAGGCAUACUGGCAUCCGUAGCUUUGUGUGUGUGUGUCUGGUCUGGAGCCUGCUGAGAAUAUCUUCAGCUAAUUGUAGCUCUCACUUUCUUCAUCCAAACUAGCCAAGGUCAGAGAAUGCAAGCUAAUCAUUGUUCGAAGUUUCUCUUCUAAACCUAUUCAGUUACCAGUAUUCUGCCUCUGAACUUCCAAUGAUCCAUUAAUGAAUGAAUAUCCUUUUAUCCUUUCUUCGCAAAAAUAGCAAAUAACUUACUAGUAUCUUCCCUUACCCACACAUGCUGCCCAUGCAUUUCUAUAUCUGUAUUUGUGUGUAUUUACAUUCUGGUAGCCUGAUAUGAGGAUGGCUGCAAGAGAAGAUAGUUGUUAAAAGAAUUAAAAAAAAAUUGAAAAGCCUCAAAA